AUGGCUCCCGCCGCCAGCUCGCUUUCUAUUUCUACCGCCCACUUCCCACGCUCCAACUCGUCACCAGAAUUCCAGUUAUCCUUCACGAGCCGUCCGCCCCUGCCGCCUAAUUCACCCGCACUCAACAAGGAGCUUCCUAGGCUGCCGUCCUUUGAAUCCUUUGAGAUUCCAUCCUUCGAUGCCAUUCACGACCUGGAUGCCAAGCUUUCGCUUCCCGGAACACCACCCUCGCUUACACUCGAUUCGUCCCCGGUCAUCACACCCGCAACAAGUACAAGCAUAAAGGCAAGCACAAGCACAAGCACAAGCGCGAUAUCAAAUCUAGAACCCGAGCAGCCGGCCAACCGAUUUAGGCGUGGUCUUUCUAGAUCCAGGAGCACAAGCCGCCCUAAAUCUUGGCUACCGAGCUUCAGACCGAACAAGGAGGAUAAUGCUCAACCCGCGCAGUAUCUAGAGCCCCCGUUGGCGAAGGAUGCUGCAAUGGCGCGCCACCCGUCGCUGAAGGAGCGCAGUCAGUCUGCCACCGACACUUUCGCCAACUUUGCGCGACGUUCCUGGAUCUCUCGCACUCCAUCUCCCAAAAUCACGGGUCCACCACCAACGGACAAUGCAUCGUCGGACAAGACACCCAAGGCUGCGCCCAAAGGCACUUUAAGGAAGUCCCAGCCCCCAGUCCAGGCCAACCCCCCCGAAUUGACUGCACGGUCGGAAGAUGAGGUUGACGCUCAAAAACCUGCCACCUUGAGCUCCAGCAGGACAGGGGCCUUUUUUUUCAAACCCAAGCCCAAACUCUCGACCCUGGUCACUGUCGUUCAGGACUGGGGUGCCGAUUCUGACAGCUGCGCCUCGUCAGCUGCCAGCCUGAGUCAAACUGGGCCCCAAAGCGUGGCCAGCCGUACUUCGCAGUCAACAAGCUCGGAAAGGAGCAACGCAACUCCCAUUACGGAUGAUUCGUCCAACGAAAUGACGCCGCAGGUUCGCGACAGCCUGUGGUCGUCUUUCAAGACGCUUGAGCUCGAAUUUAAGAGCUUCACGCUCAAGCAAAUGACCCAACGCAUCGCCCAAAUCCAGACCGUUUUGUUGCCCUUUCUCCGCUCCACCAUGCAUCACCCAUCCACCAAAAAGUUGCAGCCUGAAGAUAUCGACCGUCGAGCCGUCAUCCUCAACAAGUGGUGGAAUGUCAUUCUUGACAUGCUCGACUCCCAAGCCAACCAACCAAUCCCUGGAGUCGAUCGUCCGAUUCUGCUCGAGGCUGCCACCAUGGUAAUGAUGCGACCGGAGUGGCGACGCGCUACGCCCGCUUUCCAACCUCUGGUUGAUCGAUGCCCUACUGACAAGGUGCGCUCGCGAUCAUGGACCAGCUCCUCGUUUGACUCUCAGAACUCCAUGCUUCUCGACGAGACUGCUGAGCAUAGCGUGCGAACCAUGUUUGUUGGUAACCUAAUCCGUCAAAUGUCACUUGUGGUGGAAAAGAUGUCGUUGCGGCAUGCGCCCCUCACUUUGGUCAACUUUGCCGGAAAAACAUGCGCGUAUGCCUUCUUCUUCGCCCCUGGCGUUGCCGACAUUUUGAUGCGUCUGUGGGGUCUCACGCCGGAGCUGAUCCGCAGAGCAGCAGAUGAGUUUGGCCUGCCACGAUGCGACAAUGGCGAUGGCGAAGACAUGGCUGCUCUCUUUCCUCCCAAACUCAGCCCAUAUGCGUGGACCACCCCGCGAGCUGCCUGGAAUUACCUUAAGCAGGUUCCCAAAAUGUCUGUCCUGGUGGCUAGAAUCCCUUGGACCGGCCCUUGGGUUUCAAGAUGGAAGGGCCGAGAUACUGACUUGUUUUUCAUCUUCUGCAAAUACUUCCACGUACUUACGGACCAGUUUCUCCUUCCUGAUUUACCAUUGGCAUUCAAAGCCCGCGCACCGGGAUUUGUCUUCGUCCAGGCGCAGCUCCUGUCCAUGAUAGACUCCACCAUUCAUCGCCAAGCCGCUCUUGGCCAGGCAGCAUACCCCCCGCCACUCGUGGACUCAUUCCAUGGUGCGGAUGCGUCAGCCAUGGCGAUGCCUCUGCCCCCAUCGAACUUGAUGAAGGGUAUGGCUGAGAAUAGGCUCGUCGCUCUGCUCAAGGAUAUCUUACUGGACGACUUUCCCGACUUUGCCAGCGCCAAGGCCACAUUCGCCGAAACGUUUACUGCCCUGUUGAAAGCGGCCACGCAGCGGACCUCCAAGUUCAACAGCUCGGCCUGCUUUACCUUGUGCGACUUUCUGGAAGAGGUAUUGGUCAUUUAUGACCAGUACGAGGCGAGGGAGAAUGUGGCCUCGUGCAUCGACUGGACAUUUUGGAUUGAAGUAUUUAAGCGUGUCAUGAGCUCGAUGAACACCAUGUCGGAAGUGCGUGCUCUGUCGUUCCUCUACACCAUCUGGAAUGUCGCCGCAAAGCAGCCGUCGCGCAAAGCCGAGCUCUGUUUUGACUGGCUGCUUACGGAAGAGACGUUCAACUCCUUCUUCAACAACUGGUGCCCGAUGGUGCGCGCCUACUACCAUCGACUCUUGUGCUGGAGAAUCUGUCGCUACGAUGGAUCUCCUAGCGAUGUUGAUAUUGCCGUUUUCCGCCUCGCAGCCAAGCGUCUCGGAUCUGUCUGGAGCCACUACCUCUUUCUCAGGGAAACGGCCGACGAGACAGGCCGCGCAAGACCGUCGUCCAAUCCAAUGUCGCCAACGGUGGGAAAGCGAUUCAUCAUUAUUCGGCAAGAGGUACAUGCACCUCAGCCCGGUCUCGUCAUGGGACUGGAUACGUUUGCCAGGACGCCUUCCGGUACCGACCUGGCAGCCAUGAGUGACUAUUUUGACUCGUCCCAGCAUGCUCAGGGCGACCCAAAGAAGCGUUGGUCGCUGUUUGGAAAAGUGCUGUCAUUUACUAAUGUGGCGUCCGCGGCCGACACGCCCAACCCCGCCGGUCUGCUCAAGAGUCAUUCCUCUGACGGACUACAGCCGGGAGGGCGCGAUACGGCUUCCACACGCUCUCGUCCAUCCACGCAGUCAUACACACAAUCGCGAAAGAUGUUUCAGAUUGGUGGAAGCUCUGCGACAUCGGAUACGGAAUCUCGCUGCUCGACACCUCUAACGGACGAGCCAGGGUUCAUCUUCAAGUUCAUCCUAGCCUGGCAGCAGCAGAAUGGUCCCAGCCGUGAGCGUGUCCUGACUCUGCCGCAGCUUCCCGGCCCCGCGCAAUACCGUCUGAAUGGCCCGGUCUGUGCAAAGCGUCCGGUGCCGCUGGAUGCGCUCCGCCAAGUGUCGAGCUCAUCACAGCCUGGCUUGAUUGAUCGCGCCAAGAAUGCGACGCCUCUUUCCUCGCCACUCGAGGAAAGCACACGCAGGCUUUCCCUUGCGGAGCCGCUGCAGGCAAUUGACAGCCCAGCGACGCGCACUGGUGUCUCGAGCCCGAGCGAGGAGAGCGACGCGACGCGCACGGCGACGCCCAACACAGGCUACUUUGUGCCCGAAGAGGCGAGACCAAGCAAGCCGGCUGGCGCGUUUGUCCGCAACGCCGUCUACUCUGGCCAAGCGCUAGCGGAGUGGACGCAGGUUGUGAAUGAGUGCAACAGCUUUGUCGAUCGACGUACAGACGAAGGCGUCGAUCGACUUCGCGACAUGGAAGUCCCGCUGCUGAAUGUUGAGGGCUUUCGUAAGCUCGGAGGCUAA